AGUCAAAACAUAUUUUAGGUUAUGUUGUGUAUUUACCAUAUAUUAUAGUACUUUUACUAUUAUAUUUUUUUUUGAAAAUUAUGGACGAAGAACAGAAAGCUGAAAGAAAGCGAAAGCGAUUUUCUGCACGCCUUAAAAGUUCAAAAGGCAUCGUUUGCACUGAAACACCUGGACCUAAUAUAAUACUAUGUAAUUCUGGCCAAGCCACUGGAUUGGAAAAAUCAUUCAUAACUAAACUCAUAAAAGAUUUGCCACAUACUAUAGAAGUUCCUAAGUUAAUAGCAGAGAAGGGAGAGUCAUACUCAUAUUUAGUGUUCAGUACAACUGAAACUGCUGUUACAUUUUUUAAUGCUUGCAAUGGUAUAGCCAAAAUUGAUUCAAAUGGCACGCCUCUCUAUAUGAGUUUUAUUGAAAAUGUACCUAGUAAUGAGUUUAUAUGUCACCAUGAUAACCCACAAGGUCUAUAUCUGUUAGACAACUUCAUAUCUAUAGACGAAGAAGAACUCUUGACAAAAUAUUUUGAUUGGGAGGAGGAUGAAUCUGGCAAUCUAAAGAACCGUCAAGUGAAGCAUUAUGGAUAUGAGUUCAGAUAUGGUACCAAUGAUGUUGACCUCAACUGCCCCUUGCCCGAGAAGGUGCCGGAAGUGUGCAAUGUUCUUUGGAGGCGGCUGAAGGAACAUGGAUUUGAUGUUGGAGUACCUGAUCAAUUAACGGUUAAUAAAUACAAGCCUGGACAAGGUAUACCAUCACAUGUGGAUACUCAUAGUCCAUUUGGUGAAACAAUACUGUCACUCUCACUCGGCUCUGCAGUAGUGAUGGAUUGGAGACAUCACAGCGGGAAGGCUGUGCCUAUAUUAGUGGAUCGAAGAUGCUUAUUGAUAAUGCAGGAUGACGCCAGGUAUGACUGGCAACAUGGCAUCCAACCCCGCACAUGGGAUCCUAUAAUCGAAUCACGAUCAAUACAAACAGGAAAUAAUAGCAGACUUGUCAAAGUUAUCACUAAUGAUACGGUGCCCAGACAAACCAGGAUAUCUCUGACAUUCCGAUGGACCAGAUCCGGACCAUGCCAGUGUAGCUAUAAGAUGUUAUGUGACAGUGCUGAGAAAGUCAAUUCUAAUGAUAUUGGUAAUGAAUUGGCAUCAAAUUUAGAAGAAUUGCAUGUACACAAGGUGUAUGAAGAAAUAGCCAGCCACUUCAGCACGACGCGGCACAAGCCGUGGCCGAAAGUGGUGGAGUUUGUGGAGGGGCUGGCCCCAGGGUCUGUUCUGCUCGACCUCGGUGCCGGUAACGGGAAGAAUAUCAUGCGGAGAUCUGAUAUCUUGCAGAUAGCUGGCGAGCGUAGUAGUGGUCUUCUUCAUGAAUGCAAGCAAUAUGUACAAAAUGUUCCCGGAGCAGACUGUUUACGUCUCGACUUGCUGUACCCCGGGUUGAAGCAUUCUUGCGCCGAUGUCAUUAUAUGUAUAGCCGUUAUUCACCAUUUUAGUAGCAAAACGAGGAGAGUGCAAGCAAUUUCUGCUAUAUCAAAUCUCCUUCGACCGGGCGGUCGGGCGCUCAUCACCGUAUGGGCCAAAGACCAAACGAAAUCAAAUUACCUCUGCAAGUCCAAACUCAAUAAAACAGAGAACGAGCACCAUGUCACUGUUGGUGGUUUAAACUUACCCAUCCAUGAGAACCGAACUCAGUUCCAACACAACGACCUACUAGUACCGUGGAAAUUAAGACAUAAACAUGACAACAAACUGUCAGACAAGCCGGAAAGCACACUGUUAAGAUAUUACCACGUGUUCGAAGAAAAUGAAUUAAGAGACUUGUGCGAAGAAGUGCCUCAAUUGAGUGUAGUCAGUAGUUUUUAUGAGGAAGGCAAUUGGUGUGUUAUAUGUGAAAAAAUAUAGACAGUAAAAACGUGUUAUUCUUUAUUUUUUUAAUUGAAAAUAUACAAUUGAUCUACAAAAUUAAAAAAAGACGACUAUAAAAAUUCUAUACAAAACAAUGUGUACAACAAUGAUCAUUAUAAGCCUGCGCAUACGCAUACGCACUAAUACUGAAUGACUUUCUUUACCGUACGCAAAAAAUGUUGAAUAAGAGAUACACUAGGGUUAU